AUACGCGUAUUGAUCGCCUCAAGAAGUUGCCAAAUAAAUAGACAGUCUGUGAGAACAUUGUUCUCGUCUUCCAAGAUCAUGGCGGCGCGCUUUUCUAUUCAACCCAUUGGCCGAUUUGCUGGUGAAAGCCAACCUGUCAAAAGACCCAAGGAGUUUGCAUGCUUCUCCUAUGACGACAACCACGAGUUUCGUCUUGAUGGCUCUUCUCUCAAGUACUAUUACACCCCACAGCUAGGGGCAGACCUCUCCAAGGGAUUUGAUACUUUUCAGAAGCUGGAUGAUACUGGAGAUGAUCAUCUCGAUAGCCUUCUCAAGACAAUCGUUGCUCAUGAGCAAGAGACUGGUAAAAAGAUAGAUGCCAAUGUCGUCACCUGGAGAGGCAUGAUGACCAAGGUGGGCUGAUAUUGUCUGUGAGCGAAGAUCUGAUCUAAGUAUUGUUUAUAGAUUAUGGCUACCCCCUUUGAUAAUAUGGAUGGGUAAGUCUGACCAGUG